AGGAAGUUGGGUGGCUUGUGGUAAACAGCUCAUAGCAGUAGCAGUGAGAUGCUUAGUGCUGUGGUGCACAGAAGACCAUCGACCGUCACGGACCAUACGAGUAUUCGCUCUGUAAAAGUGUUUUCAGCGUGAUCCCAGAGCAGCAUUUAAACGUUCUUUGGCCUGUCACGAGUACUGUGAGGAACAACAGAGUGAUUUUUACCUAAACAAAUAUGGGAAAUAGUGGAGAGGAAGGAAAACUGCACCGAAAACUGUCUCGCAUAGGGAGCAGGAGUCAAAGAGAAGCAGCAAGACCUCCCCCUCAAGCGGAGAGGCCUCCUGCCGCCGCACCACCCAGACAACCUGAACCUGCUCCAAAACCUCCGGAGGCAUCUGCAAAACCUUUAGAGGCUGCUCCCAAACAGCAAGUGGUCUCACCAAAGCCCGCUGACAUUCCCGCAAAGCCUAGUCUUCCUCCCAAACCUCACAUACAGGUGUUCAACAGCACAGAUCAUGGAAAUGCCAUACUCAGGGGUCUGGAUAAUUUUCGCUCUGAUGAAACCUUGUGUGAUGUCACUCUGGUGCCUGGUGAUAGCACUGAAACCUUUCCGGUUCACAGAGUGAUCAUGGCUUCAGCCAGUGACUACUUCAAGGCUAUGUUCACAGGUGGAAUGAAAGAACAGGACCUGGCAGAAAUUAAACUACAUGGAGUGAGCACCUCAGGCCUGAAAAACAUAAUUCAGUUUAUUUAUACCUCUCAGUUAAGUCUGAACUUAAGCACCCUCCAGGAUACUCUAGAGGCUGCCAGCUUUCUCCAGGUGCUUCCAGUUCUCAAUUUCUGCAAUCAGCUACUUAGCAGUGAGGUCACCAUAGAAAACUGCACAGAAGUUGAGCGCAUUGCUAACGAUCUUCUCCUGGAGGAUGUCCAGACCCACAUAUACAACUUUGUCUGUCAGAACUUCUCAUCUCUAGUGCAGAGUGACCGAUUUCUGCAGCUUACCGAAGCCAGCAUGGCACAUGCCCUCUCGAGCGAUUCACUUAAAGGAUUCUCAGAAAUGGAGCUCUAUCGCACAGCCCGUGCUUGGCUGGCACAUAAACCAAGUGAACGCCGGCCUGCAGCCUACUCCUUGAUGCGUCACAUUCGCUUUCCCCUAAUGAGCCCUGCUGAACUCUUACAGAUAUCUCAGGAGGACCAGAUUGAUGAUUCAAGUAAUGGAAAGGAUGGCAAGGAACCAUUCAUGCGCUCUGACACAGCUUGCGUGAACCUACUCUUGGAGGCCAGCAACUACCAGAUGAUGCCAUUCCUUCAGCCAUCACUCCAAACUGAAAGGACUCGCAUUCGAUCAGACACAACACACCUUCUGGCACUGGGUGGGGUGAUGAGGCAGCAGCUGGUGGUGAGCAGGGAGCUUAGACUGUAUGAUGAGGAAGGAGAAGGCACCUGGAGGGCCCUCCAGCCAAUGGAAGUGCCUCGCUACCAGCAUGGAGUGGCUCUUUUAGGUGGCUUCCUUUACAUUGUUGGAGGGCAGAGCACUUAUGACACAAAGGGUAAGACAGCAGUGGACAGCGCAUAUAGGUACGACCCUCGUUUUGACCGUUGGCUGCAGGUGGCCUCCUUGAAUGAGAAGCGGACAUUCUUCCAUCUCAGCGCCCUAAAAGGGAACAUCUAUGCUGCUGGAGGGAGAAACGCCACUGGCGAGAUUGACACAGUGGAGUGUUAUAACCUGAGCAAGAAUGAGUGGACCUUUGUUGCACCCAUGAGUGAGCCCCAUUAUGGCCAUGCUGGUACCGUACAUGGAGGACUGAUGUAUGUGUCAGGGGGAAUAACAAGAGAUGCUUUCCAGAAAGAGUUGUCUUGUUAUGACCCAGACACCGACUCGUGGAGUCGUCGUGCAGACAUGAUGGAGCUGCGUGGACUCCACUGCAUGUGCACUGUGGAAGACCGACUCUAUGUGAUGGGUGGAAAUCACUUCCGUGGAACAAAUGACUAUGAUGAUGUCCUCAGUUGUGAAUACUACACCCCUACAACUGACCAAUGGACAGUGGUGGCCCCGAUGCCCCGAGGUCAGAGUGAUGUUGGCGUGGCCGUGUUUAAAGGCAGGAUUUAUGUUGUCGGAGGCUACUCUUGGAACAGCCGUUGUAUGGUCGACAUUGUGCAGUGUUAUGACCCUGAAAAGGAUGGGUGGGAAAGGGUUUUUAAUGUGCUCGAGCCUUUGGGAGGUAUACGUGCUUGUACCAUGACUGUACAUCGUCCAAGUGGGUCUGUAGAUGAAGUGCAGUUACAGGAAUGUCCUCUUCAAACAACUAAAAGCUGAGGAACAAAAGAAAAUGUUUUGACUUGUAUAAAUCUUAUGCAUAGAGAGAGAGAGAGAGAGAGAGAGAGAGAGAGUAUAUUUAGUGUAUAUAUUUGUUUAAAAUGUGAAUGGAGAGUGUUGUCAAGAAUUAGACCAAAAACUUCAUAUUUUUUUAUGUGUUAAAUUUUUUACGCUCUGCAUGGCAUUAACAAACUAAGACCUGCUUUUUAUACAAUCAUUAUCUAAACUAUGUAUCUUCAAACUAUAAUGGAAUGAAUAACUCAAAUGCCUAAAAUAUAUGAAUAUAUGAAUAUAUCAAUAUAUCAUUUUUAGAAAAGGUCACAUACAGCUUGUAGCCUACUUUGGUCAGAUGUGGAACAAGAGUCAGCUAUUUCUGAAAGCAAUUUAGAGUCACCAGUUCAUAUACAUAUACAUAGUGUCCAUUUUAUUAUAAUCUCUAACUAGCCAUUCAUGUGGCAGCAGCACAGUGCAUGCAAUCAUUUAGAUACAAGACAAUACCUUCAGUUAAUCAAACAUGAGAAUGGGUAAAAAGUGUGUGGCAUCUUUGUGAUUUUUACCAUGUUGUUGGUACAAGAUGGGCUGGUAAGAGUGUUGUGGAAACUCCAGGCAGGGGGGUAUCUCUAAUACUUGUAUAGAAUGGUGUGUGUGUGGUGGGGGGGGAUAUUUUGUGUACAGAGGGCCCGCAGUCUAAAACACCUUGUUGAGAUAGAUCAGAGGAAACUGUUCAAACUAGUCUGAGCUGACAGGAAGUCUAUAGUAUCUUAAAUAAGCACCCUUUACAACCGUAGUGAGCAGGAAAGAAUCCCAGAACAUGCAGCUCAUUAAACUUUGAGGUGGUUGGGCUGCAACAGCAGAAGACCACAUUGUGUUCCACUCCUGUGUCAGCCAUAAACAAGAAUCUAAGGCUAUUGUGGCCGCAGGCUCACCAAAACAUGUUCCAUUUGAAGACUGAAAAAACCCCUCACUCACUCACUCACUCAUCAUCCAUACCAUUUUAUCCUGUAUAUAAGGUCACAGGGGCCUAGAGCCUAACCAAGGAGACUUACAAUCUGGCUAUUUUCCUCUUAUCAACAAUCCAUUUCCACCCACAGAAAUGUUACCAAUGUUGGGACGUGGGACAGUUACUUUUAAAAUGGUUUUCACAACAGAUUGCAGAACUCAUGCCUCAAACUUAAUUUGUAACAUAUUCCAACAGACUAUUUAGAGUAAAUAAGUUAUUUUAAAUACUUUGCAUUACUUCAACAUUGUUUUACAUUAAUAUGACAUAUGGUCUUUGACAGAUGACAUAAAACCCACAAUAACUGAAAUGCACUCUGGGUUUAACUCUUUGGGUGUAUUUUUAUCCUGUGGUUCAAGCCAUUCUGCAGUAAGCACAGGGGAUUUUCUUUUUGUUCGCUUCCUUUAUUUUACAAAUGUGUAAUCUUGGGUGAAAAACAGCUGUUGACCACAACAAAUGCUGAACAAAUUUUUUUGUUUUUGUUUUUUGAAAAACCUGAAAAAGUACCUGUAAGGGAGAUAAUAGAGAGCUUUUGCAUGGUUUGGGUUACAACCGUAAAAUGUUAAAUCACCACUUCUGCCAAGAUAUCACCAUUUGUGUGUGUUUGCUUUCCACAUUUCCAUGAAGGUAAGUAAAAGUUUUUUUUUUCUAAGUGAAGUUACUAAAUGUGCUUGUUUGCUUUCUUGUAAAGCAGGUAAUGUUAAUAUUCUUUCUAUGCAUAGUGUUGAAUUUGCCACUCUAGUACAUGAGAAACCCAGGCAUGGCAGCAGAUAUGGAUUAUUCUGGUGUUAUUAAAACUAUAAACUAUCAUGCAAUCUUCCUGUUAUGUAGCUAGAUACAAAAACAACACUUACAUCACAGCAGGCCAAACUGCAUAUGACUAAUUCAGACUAACCACCAUCCCUAAAUUAGAGCUAGAGGGACAUUGCACAUAGAGCAGCUAAGGAA